ACGGCGUACGUUUCACAGUGCAUAACAUAUGUAUUUGCCUUAUAAAUGAUAACAAAAAAAUAUAGUUAAUUUUCGGUUUGACAUCAAUUUGCAAUAGAAUGCAAGUCAGAUCUUAUAUAUACAACUGCAAUUGAUUUUGCAGGGAUCUGGAGUUAUAGUCGGGCUAGAUUUAUUACGUUGGUCAGUUAACUGUUUGGCAGCACUGUUUGCUACGCAAGCUCGUUUGCUCGGCGCCCGGCCCUCGUGUUGACUCCGCCGCUUCGACUUCAUUUCAAUUGGAAAUUGUACACCGCAGCAAGCGGUUGAUCAAACGUUUGAUAUUUCUAUUGGUCAAAUUGAAUAUAUCUGAAUAUUUUCAAUUGCAAGUGAUUGUGUGAGAAAAUGACGGAUUUCGAUAUUGUUCCCAUUGCUGUGGGCGUUGUGGCUGUGGUUGCCGGCGCAUUGAUAGUCCACUAUUUGAUCAACAAGAAAUCGACGAAGCCGCGCCGUGAACCAAAUCGAACGGCACGUUUGAGGACGCUCGUCGAUGCGAAUGACAAGUAUCAGCUGCCGCUGGUUGAGAAGGAGGUGCUCAGCCAUGAUACGAGACGUUUCCGUUUCGGUUUGCCCUCCAAGCAGCAUAUACUCGGUUUGCCUGUCGGCCAGCACAUUCAUCUGAUUGCUACCAUCGAUAAUGAGCUUGUGAUACGGCCGUAUACUCCAAUUUCAUCGGACGAUGAUGUUGGCUAUGUAGACUUGGUGGUUAAGGUGUACUUUAAGGACACACAUCCCAAAUUCCCCGCUGGCGGUAAAAUGACCCAGCAUUUGGAGCAAAUGGAGGUGGGCGAUAAGAUUUCGUUCCGUGGACCGUCGGGUAGAUUGCAGUAUUUGGGCAACGGCACCUUCUCCAUUAAAAAGUUGCGCAAGGAUCCGCCCAAACAGGUGACCGCCAAGCGUGUCAACAUGAUUGCCGGCGGCACCGGAAUCACACCCAUGUUGCAACUGGUGCGUGAAGUUCUCAAGCACAGCGACAAGGACAACACUCAACUGGCACUGCUCUUUGCCAACCAGAGUGAAAAGGAUAUUUUGCUGCGCGCCGAACUGGAUGAGCUGGCCAAGAAACAUCCCGACCAGUUCAAGGUCUGGUACACUGUGGACAAAGCUGCCGAAGGUUGGAAACACAGCGUUGGAUUCAUUAAUGAUGAAAUGAUUGCCGCCCAUCUGCUGCCGGCCAACGAUGAUACGAUUGUGCUACUCUGUGGACCGCCGCCCAUGAUCAACUUUGCCUGCAAUCCAGCGUUAGACAAGCUUGGCUAUCAUCCGGACACACGUUUUGCGUAUUAAAAAGGCUCCACACCAUCGGCACACAUGGGAGGGAUUACACAAACACACAUUUAUUGGAGGCGACACGACACAACUUGCAUUUCUGUUCUGUCCAUCUCUCUAUGCUCAGGAGUUAGCAUUUGCAUUUGAAUCGGUACGAAUUAUCCAUAAAUACUCCUGGCCGCAGUUAUUUCAAUGGGAAUUGAUCAAAUGCCGCCGCGCACUUUGCUUUGUUUUAAAUUUUGACAUAAACAACUGUUACUGUUAUGCAUGGA